CACCACAGCUGCUCUCGUGUUGUUAGCUCUGGUUUGAAUAAUGUCCGACUCUGGAGAUGAUGAAUUCCACUUUCUACGAACGGGAGAUGAGUUGGUUCUGCAGAGCACCUUCACCUCCCAGGAGGAACAUGUGAAGCUCUGUUUGGCUGCCGAGGGAUUUGGCAGCAGACUUUGCAGACUUGAGUCCACGUCUAACUGCAAGAAUGUUCCCCCAGAUUUGUCUGUCUGUGGCUUUGUCCUCGCCCAGUGUCUGUCUGUCCGAGCCCUGCAGGAGACGCUGGCCCACAGCGAGCACUUGGCUGCAGAGGUGGGAGCCGGAGGAAACCAUCGCACCCUUCUUUAUGGCCAGGCAGUGUUGUUCCUACACUUUUACAGUGGAAUGUAUCUCAGCUGCUUGUCUUCAUCUCAGUCUUCAAGUGACAAGCUGGCUUUUGAUGUGGGUCUGCAGGAGGAUAAAGCAGGUGAGGCGUGUUGGUGGACCGUCCACCCAGCAUCUAGGCAGAGGUCAGAGGGUGAGAAGGUGCGUGUUGGAGAUGACCUCAUACUGGUCAAUGUGUCCUCAGAGAGGUAUCUGCACAUGUCCUUUGGCACUGUUUUUGACAACAGAAGCUUGAGUGACAGCCUGAUUGUUGAUGCAGCCUUCCAGCAGACUCUCUGGAGUGUGGCUCCCAUCUGCUCUGGAGGUGGAGUUGCUCAAGGGUACCUGAAGGGGGGCGACACGUUGCGGCUACUCCACAGCCACAGUGACGCCUGUCUGACAGUUCCCUCCACAGGGCAGGGAGAGGAGCUGCAAAGGAUGAUGCAUUAUGAGGUUGGAUCCGUCUCCAGCCAAGCCUGCUCGCUCUGGAGGCUGGAGAUUCUGCGUGUAGUGUGGAGCGGGAGGCAUACAUGCUGGGGGCAGCCUUUCAGACUGUGCCAUGUGACCACCGGGAGGUAUCUGGGUCUGACAGAGGAAAAGGGCCUGUACCUGGUUGAUCGGGACAAGGCCGACAUCAACACGACCUCCUUCUGCUUCCGUUCCUCAAAGGAGAAGCUCGACACUGGCGUAAGGACUAAUGUCGACGGCAUGGGGACCCCGGAGAUCAAGUAUGGAGAUUCCAUAUGUUACGUUCAGCAUGUCGACUCUGGGCUCUGGCUCACCUACCAAACCACUGAUGCAAAGUCGUCUCGCAUGGGAGGAACUCAGCGAAAGGCCAUUUUGCACAGCGAGGGUCACAUGGACGACGGGCUGACGCUUUCUCGUUCUCAGAGGGAAGAAUCUCACUCGGCCAGACUCGUCCGGAGUGCUACUCUCCUCUUCAGCCGCUUUAGCAGGAAAGUGGAUGGCUUCAGUCAGCAAGGACACCUGUCCUCCGUCAGCGUGCCGACAGAGAUGGUGAUGUGCAGUCUGCAGGAUCUAAUAAAGUACUUUCAACCUCUGGAGGGGCUUGGCCAUGAAGCUAAACAGAACAGCAUGGCAGCUCUAAAGAAUCGGCAAAACAUGUUUCAAGAAGAGGGUGUGAUAGCUCUGGUCCUAGAUUGUAUUGAUCGUCUACACCAGUACAGCAGCGCUUCUGAUUUUGCUGAGUCUGCUCAGGGUGAGAUGGGAGAAGAAUGGGAAACCAUCCUCAACCGCUUCUAUGAGCUACUGGCUGCUUUGAUCCGGGGAAACCGUGUAAACUGUGCACAUUUCUCAGGUUCUCUUGACUGGCUGAUUAGCCGACUAGACCGACUGGAGGCCUCCUCUGGAGUCUUGGAGGUUCUGCACUGUAUCCUCGUGGAAAGUCCUGAAGCACUCAAUGUCGUCAAAGAAGGACACAUUCAUUCCAUCAUCUCUUUUCUUGACAAGCAUGGAUGCAACCAUAAGGUUCUAGAGGUGCUACGCUCUCUGUGUGUGUGCAACGGCGUGGCGGUGCGGUCCAAUCAGAACCACAUCUGCGACAGCCUGCUGCCAGACAGAGACUCGCUGCUCCAAACACGUCUGGUUAAUCAGGUCAUCAGCAUGAGACCGAACAUCUUCCUGGCCAUGGGGGAUGAUUCAGCGCAGCAUCGAAGGUGGUACUACGAGCUGGCUGUGGACCAUGUCGACCCCUUCCUCACAUCUGAGCCCACUCAUCUGCGUGUGGGCUGGGCUUGCUCGGAGGGCUACCACCCCAGGCCCACCGGAGGAGAAGGCUGGGGGGGCAACGGGGUGGGGGAUGACCUCUGCUCGUAUGGCUUUGAUGGGCUUCAACUCUGGUCGGGCUGCGUGGGCCGCAAAGUGAGCUCACCUUUCCCCCACUUGCUGAGAAACGAUGAUGUGGUCAGCUGCUGUCUGGACCUCAGCACUCGCUGCAUCUCUUUCCGGGUCAACGGGCUGCCUGUGCAGGGCAUGUUGGAGAACUUCAGUGUCGACGGCCUCCUUCACCCUGUGGUCAGCUUCUCUGCUGGAAUCAAGGUUCGUUUUCUUUUAGGGGGAAGACAUGGAGAGUUUCGCUUCUUGCCGCCACCAGGUUUUGCUCCAUGCUCGGAGGCUCUACUCCCGAGAGUCAAGCUGAAGGUAGAGCCAUGUCAGAAAUACAUCUUGGAUCUCGGAGAAGGAAAACAAGAGCUCAUCGGCCCAUUAGUACCUGUCACUCCAGUUACCUUCACUCCCACACCAGUAGACAUUAGCAAGGUGGCACUGCCCUCACAACUUGAGGAUAUUCGAGAAAAAAUGGCUGAGAACAUCCAUGAGCUCUGGGUAAUCGACAAGAUUGACCUUGGAUGGACAAAUGGACCUGUGAGAGAUGAGAGUAAGAGGCAUGAUCCGUGUUUGGUGGAGUUCUCCAAGCUGCCGGAGCAGGAGAGGAACCAGAACGUUCAGGUGGCUCAGGACACCCUCAGGACUCUGCUUGCUCUCGGAUUUCACGUUGGUUUGACUGAUGACCGUGCGGCAGACAGAGUCAAAUACAUGAGACUAGCCACCAAAUAUGAACAGCCCAGUGGAUAUCGACCUGCCCCAGUAGACUUGAGACAGGUUUCUCUGAGUCCAGCCCACCAGGAAGUGGCUAACCUGCUGGCAGAGAACGAUCACAAUGUCUGGGCCAGAGAGCGGAUCAAACAGGGAUGGACCUACGGAGCCCAGCAGGAUGUGAAAGCCAAGCGGAGCCCGUACCUGGUGCCUUGCAGCCUGCUUGAUGAAAGGAGCAGGAGAAUGGGCAGAGAGAGUGUCAGAGAGGCAGUGUGUACUCUGCUGGCCUACGGUUACAGCCUGGAGCCCCUCAACCAAGAACGGGCCACAUUAUCAAACGCUUGUCUCUCCUCUGCUGAGAAGUGCACAGUGUUCAGACCAGAUAAAUCAUACGCCGUGACUCGUGGGAAGUGGUAUUAUGAAUUUGAAAUACUGACACCAGGGAGUAUGAGAGUGGGCUGGGCCAGACCAGGCUGUAUCCCUGAUAAAGAGCUCGGCUCAGAUGACCAGGCAUACGUCUUUGAUGGAUAUGAGGCUCAGUGGUACCACCAGGGUGGUGAACCCCUGGGACGUCCGUGGCAGAGGGGCGAUGUGGUUGGUUGUUUGGUGGACAUGGCUGAACGCACCAUGGUGGUCACGCUCAACGGAGAGGUGCUGUUUAAUGACAGAGGAUCAGAGCUGGCUGCCAAGGACUUCGAUUUCAGAGACGGCCUGUUGCCCGUGGUCAGUGUUGGGGUGAACCAGGUGGGGAGGCUGAACCUGGGCCGCCACGUGGCCUCUCUGCAGUACUUUACAGUGUGUGGUCAGCAGGAAGGCUUUGAGCCCUUUGCUGUCAACAUGGCCAGAGAUCCAGCUCUGUGGAUGAGUUGGAAACAGCCUCAGUUUACCUCCAUACUACCUGAUGAUCACAAUUUCCAGGUCACUAAAAUCAGUGGCUCAACGGAGUCCUUGUCCAGCCUGAGGGUCGCUCAGCGGUUGUUUGCUCACCACAGCGGAGGCAGUGAGAUGGGCUUUUACCGGCUCAGCAUGUCUGUUGAAUGUGCUGAUAUCCUCACCAGCCCUGCAGCGGGCGUGCUUCCCUUGGCCUCCAACUCUCUCUCUCCAGGACGGAAAGAACAGGAGGAAGUGGACUCUGACUUUGAAGUGCUGAUGAAGUCAGCUCACAAUUUCGCCGGCUCGAGAGAUGAGCUCAACCAUAAGGAUCACAGCCAGGAGAAAACAUCAAGACUGAAACAACGGUUCAUGUUGAAGAAAACGAAACCAGGCCUAGUCAGCAGCAACUCGUCUGCACGGCUCCUCGAAGAUGUCGUUGUUGACAAAGAUGACCAUGAUCACCUCAUCCAGAGCUCCAGAUAUUACUACUCAGUGAGGGUUCUUCCUGGCCAGGAGCCGUUCAACGUGUGGGUAGGCUGGGUGACCUCUGACUUUCAUCAACAUGACAUGACAUUUGACACCGACUAUGUCCACACCGUGACUGUCACCCUCGGAGACGACAGCGGCAAAGUCCAGGAAAGUGCGAAGCGCUGUAAUUGUUACAUGCUGUGCGCUGGAGAAGCUACGGGCUUGUCUCAGAGUCGAAGAAGUACAGGGUUAGAAAUUGGCUGUUUGAUUGACACAGCCACUGGGCUGCUCACCUUCACCUCCAGUGGAGUGGAGAUGGCAGCGUUCUACCAAGUGGAAGCCCGUGCAAAGCUGUUUCCUGCUGUUUUUGUCAAACCAACCACGGGCAACAUGUUUCAGUUUGAAUUGGGACGUGUCAAGAAUGUAAUGCCCCUGUCGGCAGGUUUGCUUCGCAGCCAAAGAAGAAAUUCCACUCCUCAGUGUCCUCCACGGUUUCAGGUCCAGCAUCUCAGCCCAGUUUCAUGGACCAGAGUCCCAGAGCACGCAUUACAGGUGUCGGUAGAUCGGCCAGAUGAGCACCACGGCUGGAGAGUCCAAUGCUCUGACCCUCAGCAAGUCAUGACCCUUCAGAUCCCUGAUGAAAACAGGUGUGUCGACAUUUUGGAGUUGUCCGAGCUUGAUGAUCUCUUGACCUUUCACCGCCACACCCUGCUCCUCUACUGCUCUUUAUGCGCCCUGGGAAACACCAGAGUUUGCCACGUCCUCUGUAGUCACGUGGACCAGUCCCAGGUCCUUCAUGCCAUUCAGAAUCCCCAACUCCCGGGGCCCCUCCGCUCCGCAUUCUACCAGCUCCUUAUUCAGGUCCACCUCAGCAGCCACAGCACAGCAUUUCUCAUGAUGAACCACGAAUACAUUGUGCCUAUGACGGACCAGACCAGACAAAUCACUCUUUAUCCCAGCCCUUCUGAUGGUGUGAACAGGGGGGGCGGUCCACCUCCAGAACGAAUUCCAUGCUCUCGUCUUAGCACAUCCCUUAAACCACAGAUGCACUUCUCAAGUCCUUGUUUCGUGAGGAGUGACGGGAUAGAAACAGAUGAUGCAGUUGAAAGCGUCUGCGCAGACAGCCCAGAAAUCCCCCUGGACAUAUUAAAGAGUCUAACUGGGGAGAUGCUGACUGCGGGGGUGUGGGCUGUGGGUCAGGGUGUGAGGGAUCCUGUAGGAGGCAGCAUUGAGCUUCUGCUGGUUCCCCUAAUUAGACUCUUCUAUACCCUGCUGGUAAUGGGUGUAUUUGGGGAUGAGGAGCUCUGUAAAGUUCUGAGACUGAUAGAGCCGGGAGUCUUCUCCCUAGAUGUUGAAUCCACUGAAGGGAAAGAGGAAGAAGAUGUGAGUGAUGAUAAUGAAAAGGAAUGGAAAGGGGGCAGCGAGAAGGAGAACGACACUCCCACACAAGGACUUCUUCAGAUGAAGCUUCCAGAAGCUGUCAAACUUGAGCUCUGCCAUCUUCUGUCCUACCUGUGUGACAGCCAGGUGCGUCACAGGGUAGAAGCUGCGGUCGCCUUCUCUGACAACUUUGCGGGGCGGCUUCAGGAGAACCAGCGCUUUCGCUACAACCAGGUCAUGCAGGCGCUCAACAUGUCGGCCGCUCUCACUGCCCGCAAGACCAAGGAGUUCCGCUCACCUCCACAGGAGCAGAUCAACAUGCUGCUGAGCUUUAGAGAGGAGGAGCAGCAGGAGACGUGUCCGUGUCCUGUGGAAACCCAACAGCUCCUGCUGGACUUCCAUCAGCUCCUGAACACGCACUGUGGCAUUGAACUGGACGUUGACUCAGAGGUUGAGGGGGAUGCUGAGAUGUCUGUGAAAGAUUGGCUUCUCAGUCUAGUGGCGAGAGGCUUGGGAGUGAGGAAGUCGCCUGUAGAAGAAGAGUGUAAACCGCAGAGUGGCAAGUCCCUCAAAAAGCUAAUUUCUGAGACGAUGGUGCGCUGGACCCAAGAGAGUGAGAUGGAGGACCCUGAACUGGUCAGAGCUGUCUUCUCAUUGCUCCACCGCCAGUAUCAGGGGCUCUGGGGUCAAAUGGCGGGACCCCUCAGCAGAACCUACACAAUCAGCCAGGCCUCGGUGGAGGACACAAUGACUCUCCUCUCCUCCCUCGGCCAAAUCCGCUCCCUCCUCAGCGUCCGCAUGGGGAAAGAAGAGGAGAAGAUGAUGAUCAGGAGACUUGGAGACAUCAUGAAUAAUAAAGUUUUCUACCAACAUCCCAACUUAAUGAGGGCACUGGGGAUGCAUGAGACUGUGAUGGAGGUGAUGGUAAAUGUUUUAGGAGAAGGGGAAUCAAAGGAGAUAACGUUUCCAAAGAUGGUGGCCAGCUGCUGUCGAUUCCUUUGUUACUUUUGCCGCAUCAGCCGUCACAACCAGGGAGCCCUGUUUGACCAUCUCAGCUACCUUCUGGAAAACAGCAGUGUCGGACUUGCUUCCCCGUCCAUGCGUGGAGCCACUCCUCUGGAUGUGGCAGCGGCCUCUGUGAUGGAUAAUAACGAACUGGCCUUAGCGCUGACGGAACCUGACCUAGAGAAGGUGGUGCAGUACCUGGCUGGCUGUGGUCUCCAGAGCUGUCAGCUGCUGGUGGAGAAAGGCUACCCUGAUGUUGGCUGGAACCCGGUGGAGGGCGAGCGUUACCUGGACUUUCUACGUUUUGCUGUCUUCUGCAAUGGUGAGAGUGUCGAGGAAAAUGCUUACGUGGUUUUGAGGUUGCUGAUUCGUAGGCCCGAGUGUUUUGGCCCCGCCCUGCGUGGUGAUGGGGGAAAUGGUCUCCUAGCAGCCAUGGAGGAAGCUAUCAGGAUCUCGGAGGACCCCUCUAUGGAUGGACCUUGCACCGCAUACCAGUCCAACAGAACACUAGAUGUUGUCCAGGACCCGGACGAUGACCUUGUUCACAUGGGGCACGCCAUCAUGAGCUUCUACUCAGCGCUUAUUGACUUACUGGGGCGCUGUGCUCCAGAGAUGCAUUUAAUUCAAGGGGGCAAAGGAGAAGCCAUCCGUAUCCGGGCCAUUCUGAGGUCGCUCAUCCCCGUCCAGGAUCUGGAGGGAGUCGUCAGUAUCUCCUUUCAAAUCCCUUCAGUGUCUAAAGAUGCUGUGGUGGUUGAGCCUGACCUGUCCACGGUUUUCUGCCCAGACCACAAAGCAGCUGUGGUUCUGUUCCUCGACCGAGUUUAUGGCAUCGAGAACCAGAGCUUUUUCCUCCACCUCCUGGAAAUUGGUUUUCUGCCGGACCUUCAGGCAGCCGUCUGGCUUGACACCGCUGAUUUAGGAUCCACGGACAUGGCUCUGGCCCUCAACAGAUACUUGUGUACAGCUGUUCUCCCCCUGCUCAUCAAGUGUUCCGCUCUUUUCUGUGGAUUAGAGGACCAUACUGUGCUGGUUGAUUCCUUCAUCCAAGCCGUCUACAGCCUCUCCAGAGCUCUUAGUUUGACCAAGGCUCAGAGAGACACUAUAGAAGAUUGUUUGUUGGUCUUGUGCAGCAAACUCCAACCAUCCGUGAUGCAGCCUCUUCUCCGGCGUCUCGUCUUCGAUGUUCCUCAUCUCACGGACCAUAGCAAAAUGCCGCUGAAGCUCUUAACCAGUCACUAUGAGCAGAGGUGGAAGUACUACUUGCUAAGUGGCGGGCAGGGAGACCAGAAUUUGGCUUCCGAAGAGGAGCUGCACUUGUCUACAACGUUGUUCUGGGGAGUGUUUAAGGCCUUGGCCAAGAAGCCCUAUGAGCCUCAGUUAUUCAGGCUCUGCGUCCAAUGUCUGGCUGCAGUGGCCAAGGCGCUGCCUCCUGACCACGUGGACUCGAGCCGUGUGUCUCAGAUGGAGAAGAAAUCCUCCACGGACACAGAUGGACACUUUGAUCCACGGCCUGUAGAUACUUCCAACAUAUCAGUUCCAGAGAGACUGGAGUUUGUAGUGAACAAGUAUGCAGAGCACACUCAUGAGAAGUGGUCACUUGACAAGUUUGCAAAUGGCUGGGUUCAUGGGGAGCAGCUGUGUGAGAACAGCAAGGUUCACCCUCUCCUCAAGCCAUACAGGGCUCUGGCUGAGAAGGAGAAGGAGGGAUACCGCUGGGCCAUUAAAGAGACAAUAAAGAGCAUGCUGGCCUUUGGAUGGACCAUAGAGAGGACUAAAGAAGGAGAUGCAUCAGGCAGCCAUACAUGUGCACAAAGAGUUUCUCAGUCUGGACAGCUUUCUUUUGAGGGAGCGUCAACUUUCAGCCCCAAACCAAUGGAUGUGAGCAGCAUCAUCUUAUCGUGGGAGCAGUGUGCUAUGGCGGAACAGUUAGCUGAAAACAAUCACAAUACCUGGGCUAAGAGGAAGAAAUCGGAACUUGAGAGUAAAGGAGGAGUUAAACCUUCAAUGCUUGUACCCUAUGAUACCCUGACUGCCAAGGAGAAGACCAAAUUCAGAGAAAGAGCCCGUGACGUCCUUAAGUUCCUUAAGCUCAAUGGCUACACUGUGUGGAGGGAUCGGAAGACGGUGGACAUGGACUUUCCAGCUGUAGCCAACUGCCUCAGCUACAUUCUCCUUCAGCAGAUCCUGUCUCGCACGGAGGAGGCCCAAGAGCACAUGUUGGAGCUGGAGGUGAUGCAAGCGAGAGGACAGACGACCAAAGGGGACAAAGUUUCACAUCAGGAAGAAAUGGAUUUUUUUCCCAAGGUCAUCCUUCCUCUUUUGGAAGAAUAUGUGAAAAGCCACCACCUGUAUUUCCUGUCCACGUCAGUCUGCUCAAGUGGGAACAGAACCCAUGCCUCAAAAAAAGAAAAGGAGAUGAUUGCAUGCCUCUUUUGCAAGCUUGCAGCCCUCGUAAGACACAGAAUCUCACUCUUCGGAAACGAAGCCUCGCCAGUUGCGAGCUGCCUCCACGUUUUGGCUCAGGCUCUGGAUGCCAGUACAUUGGUGAAAUCAUCCCCGGGGCCAAUCCAAGCAUCUCUGCACUCAUUCUUUGAGGCAGCUGCUGCUGAUCUGGAGAUGACUGUGGAAAACCUCUCCACGACAUUGGUCUCUUUACCUCCGAGUCGGAUUCAACAAGCUAGAGGAGUGGCUAAGGUUCUCAGCUACACAACCUCUGUUCUUCUGCCCACCCUCACCUCUCUCUUCCAGCAUCUUGGGAACCAGAACUGUGGGGUGGAUCUCCUGGUGGGGGGUAUCCAGGUGUCCUGUUACAGGAUCCUCAACAGCGUCUACUCUCUGGGCAUCAGUAGCAGCAUCUACAUGGAGGGGCAAAGACCGGCCGCAGGUGCUUGUCUGGCGGCUCUGACUGCUGCUUUUCCUGUUUGUUUCCUGGAGCCCGACUUCAAUCAAAACAACCCUUACUCCAUUUACAACACCCUGAGUGCUACUGAGAGAGAAGACCUGGGGCUGCCGGAUCAGCUGGUGGACACGUGUCCCCUCCUGCCUUCUCUGGAGCAGGCUCUCGGGGUGGUGGAGGAGUUGGCAGGUGCUGGUGCUGGAGCUCGCCAGGCCCACUACAUCCAUGUCACUGAGGUCACCUUGCCCAUGCUGUGUAGCUAUAUGUCUCGCUGGUGGCACUGGGGCCCUGAGGGCGAGCUGGGCUUCCCACUCUGCACCUCUGUCACUCCUCAUCAUGCGAGUGACCUACUUGGCCACAUCCUCCAUAUCAUCCAUAACCAUGUGGGCGCGAGCCAGGGUGACUGGAUGAAACAGCUGGCAGUAUUUUCUCAGCCAAUUAUAUUCAGAGCUCGCACGGAGCUGCUAAAGAGCCACUUCCUGCCACUGAUGGAGAAGUUGAGGAAGAAGGCGGAGUGUGUGCUGCUGGAGGAGGAGCAGAUGAAAGCAGAGGGCUGUUGUGCCUCUGAAGCAGAGUUGCAGAUUCAGGAGAAGUUCACUGUACUGGUGCGAGACCUCUAUGCCUUCUAUCCCCUCCUCAUCCCAUUUGUGGACUCCAAUCGAGCCAACUGGUUGAAAGAGUCAAACCUUGAGGCUGAGCAGCUGUUCAGCAUGGUGGCAGAGGUCUUUAUAUUCUGGGCCAAAUCUCAUAACUUCAAAUGGGAGGAACAGAACUACGUGGUCCAAAAUGAAAUCAACAACUUGGCUUUCUUGGUCAAUAACGACACAAUGUCCAAGUUCGACCACGAGAAGAGGAGGAUGAAGAGAAAGGGGGAUCGGUAUUCAGCGCAAACCUCUCUCAUUGUGGCGUCUGUGAAGAGACUGCUCCCUGUGGGGCUGAGGGUUUGUUUUCCUAACGACCAGAGCCUCAUCACUUUGGCUAAGAGCGGCUUCUCUCAGAAGAACACUGAAGAUGAGAUUCGAGAGCAUGUUUUCCACGGACUUGUACAUUUUCAGAAUCAGGCAUCGAGCAGCUUGAAGCAGGAAACCAUUCAGACUGAACACCCGAACCAGUCAGAGGCCGUCACUGGCACCCAGAGGAAUGUAGACAGGAUUGUAGGAAUAGCUCGUGUCCUUUAUUACCUGGACCAGGUUGAACACCCGCAGAGAGGUAAGAAACCAGCAUGGCAGCAGGUCCUAUCCAAGCAGAGGAAACGAGCAGUGGUCGCCUGCCUGAGGAUGGCUCCUCUCUACAACCUGCCCAGGCACAGAGCUGUCAACCUGUUCCUCCAAGGCUACAAUAAAUCCUGGAUUUCAGCUGAAGACCACAGCUUUGAGGAGAAGCUGGUGGAGGAUUUAGCCAAGGAAGGAGUGAUGGAGCUGUGUGGGGGCGACAGAGGAGAAGAAAGGGAUGUAGAAGAAGGUGCCAAACCAAUCGAUCCCCUCCUACAACUCAUUACACUCUUCAGUCGAAGCGCGCUGAUGGAAAGGAGUAAGCUUGGAAAUGACAGUCUUUACAUGUCCUACGCUGCUAUUAUGGCCAAGAGCUGCCACAGAGAGGAUGACGACAGUGGAAACCAGGAGGUGGAAAGCUUUGAAGAGAAGGAGAUGGAGAAACAACAGCUGCUGUACCAGCAGGCCCGGCUGCAUCUUCGUGGAGCUUCAGAGAUGGUUCUCCAAACUAUCAGUGCCAGCAAAGGGGCCAUGGGCUCCACCAUUGCCCCGACUCUGAAGCUGGGUAUUGCUGUUCUCAACGGAGGGAAUGCCACAGUUCAACAGAAAAUGCUGGAUUAUCUCCGAGAGAAGCGAGACGUCGGCUUCUUUCAGAGCACGGCUGGACUCAUGCGGUCGUGUAGUGUUCUGGAUCUAAAUGCAUUUGAGAGGCAGAACAAAGCAGAAGGAUUAGGCAUGGCCAUGGACGAGAGCUCAGGGGAGAAGGUAAUGCCUGACAAAGAGCUAACCUGUGACCUGUUCCGGUUUCUACAGCUGCUCUGUGAAGGACACAACUCAGAUUUCCAGAAUUACUUGAGAACUCAAUCAGGCAACAACACCACGGUCAACAUCAUCAUAUCCACCGUGGACUAUUUACUGAGAGUACAGGAAUCGAUCAGUGAUUUCUACUGGUACUACUCAGGGAAACCUGUGAUUGAUGCACACGGCCAACACAACUUCUCCAAAGCCAUCGAAGUGUCCAAGCAGGUCUUCAACACGCUCACAGAGUACAUCCAGGGCCCGUGUACCGGGAACCAGCAGAGUCUGGCUCACAGUCGUCUGUGGGACGCUGUGGUGGGAUUCCUCCACGUCUUUGCCCACAUGCAGAUGAAGCUCUCACAGGAUUCAAGGCAAAUAGAGCUUCUGAAGGAACUGAUGGAUUUACACAAGGAUAUGGUUGUGUUUUUGCUGUCCAUGUUAGAAGGUAAUGUUGUCAAUGGAACUAUUGGAAAGCAGAUGGUGGACAUGUUGGUGGAAUCGUCAGGCAAUGUGGAGAUGAUCCUCCGUUUUUUUGACAUGUUCCUCAAACUCAAAGACUUCACCUCUUCAGACGCCUUCAGAGAGUACGACCCCGAUCGUAAGGGCUGCAUAUCCAGGAAGGAGUUUCAGAAAGCCAUGGAAAAUUGCAGACGUUUCUCCCAAGCUGAGACAAAUUUUCUCCUCUCCUGCACGGACACAGACAAAAGUGAGAUUGUGGAUUACGAGGCCUUUGUGGAUCGCUUCCACGAGCCGGCCAAAGACAUCGGCUUCAGCAUCGCUGUUCUCCUCACCAAUUUGUCCGAACACAUGCCCAACGAUUCACGAUUGAGGACAUUUUUGGAACUGGCCAAGUGUGUCUUGACGUACUUUCAGCCUUAUCUAGGACGAAUUGAGAUCCUCGGCAGUGGAAAGAGGAUUGAACGUGUCUACUUUGAGAUCAGUGAGUCCAGCCGCAGACAGUGGGAGAAGCCACAGGUCAAAGAGUCCAAGAGGCAGUUCAUUUUUGAUGUGAUCAACGGAGGGGGAGAAAAGGAGAAAAUGGAGAUGUUUGUCAAUUUCUGUGAGGACACCAUCUUUGAGAUGCAGCUCGCUGCCCAGAUAUCUGGCUCAGACAUCGGAGAGAGGCAUGCUGGGAAAGAAGAAGACGAAAAGAGCAGGAAUGAAGAAGAAGACUCGGACAAAAGAGGAGCAUUUUUCAUAUAUCGCUGGUGGCUACUGGUGACAUGUCUACUUUCUUUAAAAACCCUGAAGACACUGAUGAAGAUGACUCUGAAGGAUAUCGUCGUGUCAGCUGUUUCCUUCCUGAGAUUCAUUUUCAUGGCUCAUGUCCGAUGCAUUUGUGUUGUUAUUCGCUGCAUCACAUAUAUGCUGUACAUAGCCUUCGUCAGUGGUGGGCUCAUUGAGGGAGCCAAACGGAUGAGAGUAUCUGAUUUGUUCGCUGGCAUCCUUGAGCCAACUCUUGAUGAGGUCAUGGAGGCGCCAAGUGGUGUGAAUCGGCACAGGAAGUACUCUGCCUGCGUCCCGUCUCAGAGGGAACUGAGGGAGAUUGGGCAGGGGGCAGUUGCGACCUCCUCCAGGGAGGUGGAUGUAAUGUCAGACAUAUUCGGCCUCAAAGUGAAGAGGGAGGGAGGUCAAUACAGACUCAUGACACCGGAUCUCACUGCCAGUCUGACUGACCUGUUCAACGCAACCUCCAGAGCAGCGGCUGAUUCUUCUGAGAAGCAUCAGAGGAAGCAGUUUCAGGCCCACGCUGCCACAGAGGAAAAAGCAGAAGAUGAGAAAACGCCUGAAUUAGAGAAAGGGAUGGAAUCUGAGAAGAAAACUGAGAAGGAGAGAGUGGAGCUGGGAUGGAGGGACAAGAGAUGCUCUAAUAGCUGCGAGGAACCAGAGAGGCAACAUUCAGCCUUUUGGGAGAUGAUGAGCACUUGUAACAAGAGCCUGCUGAACUACUUUGCAAGGAAUUUCUAUAACAUGCGUUUACUGGCUCUCUUUGUGGCCUUUGCAAUCAACUUCAUCCUCCUCUUCUACAAGGUAGCGUCCUUGCCUGCACCACCAGAAGAGGAAGGAGCGGUUACAUUUGUCCACAGCGAAGGCGCGGCUGCUGCUGAAGACAAUAAUGAGGGCAGAGAUUAUUUUGUGCUGGAGGAGAGCAGUGGAUUCAUGGAGCCGUCUCGCUGCUUCCUUGCUGUCGUUCACACAAUCAUUUCCUUCUGUUGCAUUAUCGGUUAUUACUGCCUCAAGGUUCCAUUGGUGAUCUUCAAACGUGAGAAGGAAGUGGCGCGAAGGCUGGAGUUUGAUGGACUGUAUGUGACAGAGCAGCCCCCCGAGGAGGACAUCAAAGGGCAGUGGGACCGACUGGUCAUUAACACGCCAUCAUUUCCAAGUAAUUACUGGGAUAAAUUUGUAAAAAGAAAGGUGAUGGACAAGUACGGUGAGUUUUACGGCCACGAGAAGAUCAGCGAACUCCUUGGCCUGGACCAAGCCGCUUUAGACUUCAGCUGUGAGAGGAAAGAGAGGAAGUGGCUCAGGAGAGAUACUGCCUGGGGGGCUGUAUUUAACUCCAUUGACAUGAAGUACCAGGUCUGGAAGCUGGGAGUUAUGUUCACCGAUCACUCCUUCUUGUACUUGGCUUGGUACAUGGCUAUGUCGGUCCUGGGUCAUUAUAACAACUUCUUCUUCGCCGCCCACCUUUUGGACAUCGCCAUGGGCUUUAAGACGCUCCGUACCAUCCUCUCCUCCGUCACACACAAUGGCAAACAGUUGGUCCUGACUGUCGGCCUGUUGGCGGUGGUGGUCUAUCUCUACACCGUCGUGGCCUUUAACUUCUUCCGGAAAUUUUACGACAAAAGCGAGGACAAGGACGCCCGGGACAUGAAGUGCAAUGACAUGCUCACUUGCUACAUGUUUCACAUGUACGUGGGGGUGCGUGCGGGCGGAGGCAUCGGCGACGAGAUUGAGGACCCUGCCGGAGACGAGUUUGAGGUGGAGCGCAUCGUCUUUGACAUCACGUUUUUCUUCUUCGUCAUCAUCAUCCUCCUGGCCAUCAUCCAAGGCUUGAUAAUUGAUGCCUUUGGGGAGCUUCGUGACCAGCAGGAACAGGUGAAAGAGGAUAUGGAGACCAAAUGUUUUAUAUGUGGAAUAGGAAGUGAAUACUUUGAUACGGUCCCUCAUGGCUUUGAGACUCACACUCUGCAGGAGCACAACUUGGCCAACUAUCUGUUCUUUCUGAUGUACCUCAUUAACAAGGAUGAAACGGAACACACAGGGCAGGAAUCCUAUGUGUGGAAAAUGUACCAGGAGCGAUGCUGGGAAUUCUUUCCUGUGGGAGACUGUUUCCGGAAGCAAUACGAGGAUCAACUGGGAUGACAGGAAACAAGCCUCCCUCGAUGAUGUCAUCACACAGAGGACAUCUUUAUUGAUGCCCUUGGACUCAUUUAAGUACCUUGAAUUUUAUGUGUUUGCACUGCAUUGAUUUUGAACUUUGGAGUGAGUGCACAUACUUAACAUUUAUGCACACGGUUUCCUUAAUAAAGCAUUUGGAUACUGAAGGAUGACGACCACUCGUUUAUGAUUCGAUGCAGAGUUAAUGUGCUGUUGGUUUUGGGGGCAAGAUGUUUCUCCUCAGGCUGCAAAUCAAAUAUUCAGAGUAAUGGGACAGGAUACUGUUUUACACAUCGUUAUCUCAAAGCUGGCAAUCCAAAUUCAGCUCCAUGGCACUUUGCUGGCAGGAAAUGUGUCUCUGUGUAUCUCAUGUUUUGUGAAUGAAGUGAUUUGUCUUUCUAAA